GGAAGGAACAAUCUAGAAGAAGGAUUAGUAGCAUAGCAUCCAUCUCUUUUAUAUUCCUUGCUUCCUUCAUUGUAAAACUUUGCAUCUACUUGACAAUUCUCGUUGUUUGAUUUAAUCAUACUCUCGUUCUCGUUCUUCUCUGUUCUUUUUACGCCUAAUCGAUGGCUAAGGAGCUUGCUGAUAAGGCUAAAGAGGCUUUCGUAGACGACGAAUUCGAUAUUGCUGUUGACUUGUAUUCCAAAGCCAUUGAAUUGGAUCCCAAUUGCGCUGAGUUCUUCGCUGAUCGUGCUCAGGCCUAUAUCAAACUCGACAGCUUCACUGAGGCCGUAGCAGAUGCAAACAAAGCAAUUGAGUUGGAUCCCUCACUGACCAAAGCUUACCUAAGAAAAGGAACUGCUUGUAUGAAGCUUGAAGAGUAUCGGACUGCGAAAACAGCUCUUGAAAAAGGUGCUUCCAUCGCACCGAGUGAAUCCAAAUUUAAGAAGUUGAUAGAUGAAUGUGAUCUGCGAAUCGCAGAAGAAGAGAGAGAUUUGGUUCAACCGGUGCCAUCAACUAUGCCUUCUAGUUCGCCAGCACCAUCAGUAUUGGAACUUGAUGUUACCCCUGCGCCUGCAGCACCAGCCAAAGCAAAGUACAGGCACGAGUACUACCAAAAGCCAGAAGAAGUUGUGGUAACUGUUUUUGCAAAAGGGAUACCCAAGCAGAAUGUUAACGUCGACUUUGGUGAACAAAUUCUGAGUGUUGUGAUUGAUGUCCCUGGAGAGGAGGCUUAUUAUCUUCAACCGAGAUUGUUUGGAAAGAUAAUACCAGAGAAGUGCAAAUAUGAAGUAUUGUCAACAAAAAUUGAGAUCCGUCUUGCAAAAGCCGAUAUAGUCACAUGGGCCUCCCUCGAACAUGGCAAAGGGCCAGCGGUUUUGCCUAAGCCUAAUGUCUCAUCAGAGGUUUCACAGAGACCAGCUUAUCCAUCUUCUAAGAAAGCUAAGGACUGGGACAAGCUGGAAGCUGAAGUGAAGAAACAGGAAAAGGAUGAGAAGCUGGAAGGAGACGCAGCUUUGAAUAAAUUCUUCCGUGAGAUAUACUCGAAUGCAGAUGAGGAUAUGAGGCGAGCAAUGAGCAAAUCAUUUGUGGAAUCGAAUGGGACAGUGCUGUCAACAAACUGGCAAGAGGUUGGGACUAAGAAAAUCGAGAGCACUCCUCCGGACGGCAUGGAGCUCAAGAAAUGGGAGAUUUGAUCUGAUAAUGAUAUGGUUUUUUCUUUUAAAUGCUUUUGUUGGUUUUGCCUUAAUCUAGAGACAAAUCUUAAAACCUGUCCCUUUCUUCCUGUAAUGAGGAUCCUAAGGUUUUUGCUUGCCCUUUUGCUAAAUAUGGCGUUCUGCUUUUACAUUGUGGUGGGAUAUAUUGUCUUAGGAAUCCAUUUUUUCCUUUUUGUGUUUCA